GCUUCCCAGCUCGUGUCAGCAGACAAACAGCAGUAGAAGCAGUCCAGUAGACAGACAGCAGCCCAAAGUGUUGUUCCAUUUCCAUAGCCCCGCUUGCUUUUGCUGGGACAUCGCAUUGGCAAGCAGGCAGGAUGCUGCUUCACGCGUUCGCGGACCGGCUGACGGGGAAGAACAAGGCGGCGUGGAACGAGGGCCGGAUCCGGGGCACCGUGGUGCUGGUGAAGAAGGACGCGCUCGACUUGGGCCACUUCCAGGCGUCGCUCCUCGACGGCAUCCACCAGAUCCUCGGCCAGGACACCGGCCUCACCUUCCAGCUCGUCAGCGCCACCAAGGCCGACCACCGCAAUGGGGGGCGAGGCAAGGUUGGGAAGGCGGCGCACCUGGAGGAGGUGGUGGUGUCGCUCAAGUCCAGGACGGACGGGGAGACGGUGUUCCGGGUGAACUUCGAGUGGGACGAGUCGCAGGGGAUCCCCGGCGCCGUCCUCGUCAGGAACCACCAGACCGAGGAGGUGUUCCUCAAGACGCUCACCCUGGAGGGCGUCCCCGGCAAGGGCACCGUCGUCUUCGUCGCCAACUCCUGGGUCCACAACCACAGGAGCUACACCCAAGACCGCGUCUUCUUUGCCAACGACACGUAUCUGCCCAGCAAAAUGCCUGCCCCGUUGGUGCCUUACCGGCAAGAUGAACUCAAACUUCUCCGAGGCGACAACAACCAUGGGCCAUACAAGAAGCACGACCGUGUGUACCGCUACGACUACUACAACGACCUUGGUGACCCAGACAAGAGCAAAGACGACGCACGUCCGGUCCUUGGUGGCACCCCAGAUCACCCAUAUCCCCGCCGCUGCAGAACCGGCCGGGCCCCAACCAAAACCGACCCCAAGUCAGAGAGCAGGCUUAAUCUCCUGCAGAUCCUGGCCCUGGACGUCUACGUCCCUCGCGACGAACGAUUUGGGCAUCUCAAGAUGGACGACUUCCGUGGCUACUCUCUGAAGACGGUAGUCGAGGCUGUUCUUCCGUUGAUAAAUACAAAAUUCGACAUCGUCGGCGUACCGGAGGAGUUCGAUUCCUUUGAAGACAUCCUGAGGCUCUAUGAACUUGGUCCGGAAGCGCCGAAUCACCCGAUACUGGCUGAGAUCAGGAAGAAGAUCCCCAGUGAGUUCCUUAGAAGCCUUCUGCCGGUUGGUGGCCACGACGACCCUCUGAAGAUGCCCCUUCCACAUGUCAUCCAAUCAGACGCGCGAAACAAGGCUCCACAAGAUAAGUAUGGCUGGAGGACUGAUGAGGAGUUUGCGCGGGAAACGCUUGCAGGCGUGAACCCAGUGGUUAUCAGACGACUAGAGACGUUCCCUGCUACAAGUACUCUGGAUCCAAGAGUGUAUGGUGACCAUACCAGCAAGAUAACCGAGGCUCACAUUCAGCACAACCUGGAAGGCCUGACAGUGCACGAUGCACUGAGGAAGAACAGGCUCUUCAUCCUAGACCACCACGACCACUUCAUGCCGUACCUGGACCGGAUCAACAAGCUGGAAGGCAACUUCAUCUACGCCACCAGGACGCUGCUGUUCCUGAAAGACGAUGACACGCUGAAGCCCAUCGCCAUCGAGCUCAGCUUGCCCAACCCAAAAGGCCAGCGGCAUGGCGCGGUGAGCAAGGUGUAUACUCCUGCCCACACAGGCGUGCAGCACCACAUCUGGCAGCUCGCCAAAGCCUACGCCUGCGUCAAUGACUCGGGCUGGCAUCAGCUCAUCAGCCACUGGCUGAACACGCACGCGGUGAUGGAGCCGUUCGUGAUCGCCACGAACCGGCAGCUCAGCGCGGUGCACCCCGUGCACAAGCUGCUGCGCCCGCACUUCCGCGACACCAUGACCAUCAACGGCCUGGCGCGGCAGACGCUCAUCAACGGCGGCGGCAUCUUCGAGUUCACCGUGUUCCCGGGCAGGUACGCGCUCGAGAUGUCCUCCGACGUGUACAAGAACUGGAACCUCACCGAGCAGGCCCUCCCCAACGAUCUCAUCAAGAGAGGCGUCGCCGUGGCGGACGGGAGGAGCCCGUUCGGCGUCCGCCUGCUGAUCAAGGACUACCCGUACGCCAAGGACGGGCUGAUGGUGUGGUGGGCGACCGAGCAGUGGGUGAAGGAGUACCUGAGCAUCUACUACCCCCACGACAUCGACGUCCGGCGCGACACGGAGCUGCAGGCGUGGUGGACGGAGGUCCGCGAGGUCGGGCACGGCGACCUCAUGGACCGCGACUGGUGGCCCAAGAUGAACACCGUCAGGGAGCUGGCCAGGACGUGCACCACCAUCAUCUGGGUGGCGUCGGCGCUGCACGCCGCCGUCAACUUCGGGCAGUACCCGUACGCGGGGUACCUGCCGAACCGGCCGACCGUGAGCCGGCGGCCGAUGCCGGAGCCCGGCAGCGACGACUACAGGAAGCUGGAGACGGGGUCGCAGAAGGAGGCGGACACGGUGUUCAUCCGCACCAUCACCAGCCAGCGCCAGACCAUCGUGGGCAUCUCGCUCAUCGAGAUCCUGUCCAAGCACGCCUCCGACGAGGUGUACCUCGGCCAGCGCGACGAGCCGGAGCGCUGGACGUCAGACGCCAAGGCGCUGGACGCGUUCAAGAGGUUCGGCAGCCGGCUGGUGGAGAUCGAGAAGCGGAUCGAGAAGAUGAACGCUGACCCGGCGCUCAAGAACCGGAACGGGCCGGUGAAGGUUCCCUACAUGCUGCUGUACCCCAACACGUCGGACGCCACCGGCGAGAAGGGCGAGGGGCUUACUGCCAUGGGCAUCCCCAACAGCAUCUCUAUCUGAGCAGAGAUUUGUUUUGUCCCGCCGUGGAUGAUACUACGUGCUGCUUAUUGGUAGCUAUAUAUAUGCGUUCGCUAUUGUCAGCGUGUGAUGUGUUGAUGUGUUUCAACUUUUAAUUCGUCAAAAAAAAAAAACGUUGACAGGGGCGUCUUUGGUGGAGAUCUGGACCACAUUUCAAGUGUCUCUGAUGGUAACAGUAAUGAAUGAUUCAUCGAUCUGUUAUCCCGUAAAAAAUGAUAGUGUUCGAUUUGUAGUUUUAUUACACAAACGGGUUACAGAGGGAAAGCGAUUGCAUUACAUUUGUAUGCUUUAGCUUGGUCCGUAAUUCAUUACCAUGUAAUCGGAUACAUCUUUUCAGAAAUUACGCUAUCCUUUCACUGUAA